AUGCGGCUGUCAUCGUCCAUUCUCACUCUUGGUGCUGCAUCCGCCGCCCUGGGACUCCAGGACCAGAAAGUGCUCGGCGGCUCUGGAAACCCCAUCCUUGAUUCCCUUCCUGCUGCCGAGGGUUGGGCUGAGUCCCUUGAGCGCCUGCUCGGCAAGGCCAGUGCCGAUGCCGCCGGUGCUUGGGAGGACAUUUCCACUCUGAUGCCUGAUGCCGUCGCUGAUGCCGUCGAGAUCCUCAAGAAGCAAGCCAUGGGCACCACGCCUAAGCCAGCCAGCCGCCGCCCUGACAGCGAAUGGGAACAUGUCGUCAAGGGUGCGGAGGUCAAGAAGAUGGGCACCAACGGCAUCGAGGGCUCUCAGCGCAUGGUUGGUGGAAAGCUCGAGAACUACAACCUCCGUGCUAAGUCUGUCGACCCCUCGGUUCUUGGCGUCGACGACGUUAAGCAGUACAGUGGUUACCUCGAUGAUGAGGAGGAGGACAAGCAUCUCUUCUACUGGUUCUUCGAGUCCCGCAACGACCCCAAGAACGACCCCGUCGUGCUCUGGCUAAACGGUGGCCCUGGCUGCUCUUCCCUCACCGGUCUCUUCCUUGAGCUCGGUCCCUCUUUCGUCAACAAGAAGAUUGGCCUCGACAGGAACCCCAGUGCCUGGAACAACAACGCUUCCGUCAUCUUCCUCGAUCAGCCCGUCAAUGUCGGCUAUUCCUACAGCGGUAGCAGCGUCAGCGACACUGUUGCUGCCGGAAAGGACGUCUACGCCCUCCUCACUCUCUUCUUCCACCAGUUCCCCGAGUACGCUAAGCAGGACUUCCACAUCGCUGGCGAAUCGUACGCUGGUCACUACAUCCCCGUCUUUACCUCGGAGAUUCUCUCGCACAAGGAGCGCAACAUCAACCUCAAGAGCAUCUUGAUUGGUAACGGCAUCACCGACCCCUACACCCAGUACGCCUACUACCGCCCCAUGGCUUGCGGUGAGGGUGGCCACGAGGCUGUGCUGAGUGAGAGCGAGUGCCAGAGCAUGGACAACGCCCUCCCCCGCUGCCAGUCCCUCAUCAACAGCUGUUACAGCUCCGGUAGCGCCUGGUCUUGCGUUCCCGCCACCAUCUACUGCAACAACGCCAUGAUCGGCCCGUAUCAGCGCACUGGCCGCAACGUCUACGACAUCCGUGGCCCCUGCGAGGAUGAGUCGAACCUCUGCUACCCCGGCGUCGGCUGGACCUCUGACUUCCUGAACAAGGAGUCUGUCCGCAAGGCUGUCGGCGCCGAGGUUGACAGCUACGACAGCUGCAACUUUGACAUUAACCGCAACUUUGUCUUUGCCGGUGACUGGAUGAAGCCCUACCACGAGCUUGUCCCCAAGAUCCUUGAGGAGAUCCCUGUCCUCAUCUACGCCGGCGACGUCGACUACAUCUGCAACUGGCUCGGAAACGAGGCCUGGACCAACGAGCUCGAGUGGUCGGGUCACCAGGCCUACUCCAAGGCCAAGUCCGAGGACCUCGUCAUCUCGACGGAGAGCGAGUCCAAGGCCAAGUCGUACGGCCAGGUCAAGUCGAGCGGUAACCUGACCUUCAUGCGCAUCUUCCAGGCCGGCCACAUGGUGCCCAUGGACCAGCCCAAGUCGUCGAUCGACUUUGUUAACCGCUGGUUGGGCGGCGAGUGGUUCUAG